AUGUCGCGACAUUUGCUUUCAAAGUCGCAUGAUUCCGCCUGGCCUCCACCUCCUCCUGCUCAUGAAUCUGAUUCCGAGAAGCAGAUUCGUCUCGAGGAUGAGCGAAAGGCUAGAAUAGUCAGCGAAUCGAUUGACCGUUCUAUUGAACUAGAAAAGUCGGAGAAGCAAAAGCAUCGAGCACAGAUUAAAAUACUCGUCCUAGGUCAAUCAGAAUCUGGAAAAUCAACAAUACUCAAAAACUUCCACUUGUACUUCCACCCACAGGCUUUCCAGUCUGAUCUCAGUGCAUGGAGAGCUGUAAUUCGAUUCAACCUAAUCCGUUCUGUAAAUUGUAUUCUCGAUCUUCUGGACAACAAAGGAUCUCGGCCAUCGAGUACAGACUCUGCUUCAAAAGCCAUCUCAGACCAUCUCCGCCGUCUAGCUCUUAGGCUAGCACCUUUGCGCCACGUAGAGAAUUUGUUAUUGCGACGACAUUCUGCUUCGGGACCCGUUUCGGGAGAUGAAGGGAAUUCAUUUCCGACUCGUGGCGGUGCAUCCAUAGACUCGCCUCUCUAUACAGGCUGGAAAGCACUUUCAAAAUUUAAACGCUCAUCCGAGUCUAAUGUGUUCGGCGUGGAUGACGUAGACGAUUCUCAAAGAGUUAUAGAGGCUUGCAAGGAUGACAUCGUGUCGUUAUGGGCAAACGAAAGUAUUCAGGCUACUUUAAAAACCCGGAGCAUCGCAUUGGAAGAACAGUCGGGCUUCUUUCUACCUGAUGCGGGUCGCGUUGCUGCUCACGAUUAUAUGCCAACCACUAAUGACAUUCUUCGGGCACGAUUGCCAACCAGUGGCGUCGAAGAGCAUCGGAUAGUCAUCAACGAAGGGUCUGGCCAUGGGAAAGACUGGUUGUUUUAUGACGUUGGGGGUGCCGGCGGACAACGAGCUGUUUGGGCGCCUUUUGUUGAUGAUGUCAAAGUGGUAAUAUUCCUUGCGCCAAUUUGUGCUUUCGACCAGCCUCUGGACGACGAUCCGAGAACAAACCGACUAACUGCUGUAUUCGAUUCGUGGAAAUCAGUGUGUGGCAACCAGCUUCUUUCUGAAGUCCACUUCAUCCUGCUUCUCAAUAAAUGCGAUAUCUUGGAUAAGAAAUUGAAAUCUGGUGUUCCAUUUGCCAAAUAUGUUUCAUCGUAUCGAGAUGCUAACGACACACGUUCUGUCACCAAAUAUCUUGAUCGCAAAUUUGAACACAUCCACAAAACCAUCUCUCCUUCACCGCGAAAGCUCUACACCCACAUAACUUGCGCAAUUAAUGCCAAAACGACAGCAACCGUGAUCAAACGCAUCCAGGAAGGUGCUCUCUUGCAUAAUCUUCUCACCGCCGGAUAUCUUUGACCAUACAUUUUCCUUGUUACUUCCGUAUACUAUACCUGCUCCUGUGCACUGGAGGCCACGAGGACACUGGAUACCGAUACCUUAAUAUCAAUUAAUAUUCCCUCGCACUGACACUUGAGCAGUCAAGUGUUAGCACUACAUCGAGGUUGUUGUAUGUUGCAUAAUUCUGUAGACCAGGAUAUGCCACUAUGCUAUAAGCUGACUGACUGAUAUAUAUAUGAUUCCAUCA